AUGAAGCAGACAACGGAUGUCCUCUUGCAGCACUUAUCGAGCAUUCGACCUACAUGUCAAGAAAUUGCCCUGGUAGCAGCAAAAUACGACUUCAAGCCCAACCUUCCGGGCAAUGGCUACCACAGCAUGCUAACAAUUUUACGAAAAUGUCUCCUAAAAAUAUUAGAAACAGUUCAAUACAUUGCAAUACAUAAAGAAUCCUGUCUAUUUAGCAUCGCCAGCAACCAACAAAGUUUAAAUGAUUACAUCGUGGUCUUGGGGCAAAUGAGAGCCUGCCUUUAUUACAUGAUUAAGUUGAAAGGGUUUUGUGGUAAUGGUCAGUUUUUCCCUGACCCUGACUGCAUGCCGGAAGAUGAAUAUAACAAUGCUGUUAACAUCAUGUUUGAAUAUGAGAUGCUUAAUCCUGAAUGCUUCUAUGGAAGAUGCUUUGGGUUCCAGUUUUGCAAAUCAAUAGCCAAAGUACUCACUCUCAUCCACCAGGCUAUGGUCUACAAAAGCUUAGUAUAUAACAAGCCGGGCCGCUUGACCAACUACCUAACUUGUCUAACGGAGAUGGGAGUGUAUCUAAGAAAUGCGGCAGAGAGAGGCCGGCAGAUAACGAAAGUGACGAGGGAGUGCGACGUCUCGUUCUGCCAGGAGUUUUGGACGCUGUCGGAGAACAAGGCGGUUUUGAAAUUUUCGUUGAUGACCACCGAGCGAGUUUCCAUUGACGUCGUUAUCGAUGUUCCGUUGAAAAUGGUUGAGUACCUCGUCAUUCCGCCUAACCCAGAUGACUACAAAAACACUCAAUUUUUUAACGGUACAACUAAACAACACAUUCCUACGAGACUUAUUUCGUCUGUUAGGAGAGUAGGACAGGUUUGUUUGGUGUUUGAUUGGCUGAGGGCAUAUGAACCAUCGCCAAAUCUCAUCAUUCAUUUUCAUGGGGGAGGUUUUUUGGGGCAAUCUUCUGCUUCACACGAGGUGUACCUGCGUAGGUGGGCGGUAGGCACGGGCUCUCCCAUAUUUUCUGUAGACUACUCUUAUUCACCGCAGUUCAAAGCACCAUUUCAAUUGGAGGAGGCCUUUUUUGCUUACUGUUGGGCCCUUGAAAAUUGCAAAUUACUUGGGUCUACAGGGAAGCGAAUAUGCAUUACUGGAGACAGUGCUGGUGGCAAUCUUGCUAUCGGAGUCUGUCUAAUGGCUAUUCAACGUAACGUGCGCAUACCAGACGCAUUGUACCCACUCUAUCCCUGCCUACUAAUCCAGUACAAACCCGGACCAUCACGCAUGCUCUCAAUCAUGGAUCCUCUAAUUCCCAUGGGCGUCCUGGCCAACUGUUUGCAGGGUCUCCAUAAUUUAAUUAAAACCAAAGACGUUAAAAACACACACAACAGAAACGAUUCGGGUUUUUUUGAUGCAUUCAAUCUUCGCAGCGGUAGGACAGGAAAAGGAAAGAGAACAAAAAUAUCAAACACGGAAGAUCACGAAUAUCAGGAAGAUAACACAGAUACAAAAUUUAAUAAUAAAAUUAAGCAGGGUAAUACUAAAAGGUUUUCCUAUACAAUUGAAGAAACCAGCUGCGAUGGCAGUGAUGAUGAUGAUGACAACUAUAGCAGCAACAUCAAUAAUAACAAUAACAACAAUAAUUACAAUAACACUGACGAUUUUGACAGUAUAAUUUCUCAAACUAGUAAUUGUGGUGAUAGCAAUGAUAGUAUCAGUAGAAACGCUAGUAUUAGUAGCUUCAGCAGCAGCAGUAGUAGUAAUAUCGGUAGUAGUAAUAAUGGUAGUAGUAGUAGUAGUUGUCGCUAUAGUAGUAGUGACUCCAUAUUCAUCUCACCUGUUCUAGCUCCUGAUCAUCUUCUACGAAAACUCCCUAAGACCCAUAUAACGGCCUGUCACCUAGAUCCACUUUUAGACGAUUCGGUACUUUUCGCGCGCAAAAUUCGUGAUCUUGGCGUCGAUGUUGAUCUUGAUUUCGUCUCUGAUCUCCCUCACGGGUUCAUGAACUUUGUGAAUAUGUCUAGAGAGGCUUAUAAUGCUGGCGAAAUGUGCUUGAAGAAUUUAAAGUCGCUUUUGGAUGAAUAGAAAAGAGUGAACGAACAAAUGAAUAAUGAGUGAAUGAAUGAAUUAAUGGUCAAUUGUUCAAUGUGUUAUUUAUUUUCCUGAUUAUUCCACCCUUCAGUAAACUGGUGCAAUUAAACCAUGUAUUAAUUCUUCUUCAUUCGUUUUGUUUCCGUUCAUAUACUUAGAAUUUCUUUAGUAUUAUAUAUAUAUAUAUAUAUAUAUAUAUAUAUAUAUAUAUAUAUAUGUAUGUAUGUAUUUUAUGUAUAUGUAUUCGUAUGAAAGAAAUUGGACAUUUUAUUGUGACCUGACUGCAUUAUUCAUGUGUAAUACUGCAACAAAACAAUACUUUUUUGACCUUUAUUGAUUUUCUUUUUAAUCAAACGAUUAUUAUAAAUAUCAAUUAUUAUUAUUUUUUAUUAUUAUUAUUAAUAUUAUGGCCGGCUCGGUGAUAGAUAGAUCGAUUGAGUUAGGAUGUUAUUGUUAACUUUCAUUCCUUUCUCUUGUGCAAAAUGUCAAUUAUUGUUUUAUCUUAUAUAUAUAUAUAUAUAUAUAUAUAUAUAUAUAUAUAUUCAUUUAAUAUUUUAGUAGUCAAUAUAGAUUUUAUUCGAUCUUUACUCCAGGAUUUAAUAUAUAACACAUUAAUCUGUUAGAUUAUUAUUUAGGAAUACAUAUUUUCUUUUAUUUCUUUCAUUUUUUACUUCGAAAUAGAAAUAGAAAAAUUGUUUUUGUCUAAAA